UCUUCCAAGACUUCAGCAGGUGUGAAGGCAUGACCAUCAGCGGCUGCGUCACCCCAUUCUCACUCUCUCUUGUCGCCACAACUGCCAUACUCGUCUCUAGUGUGGCCCUGGCCAACGAUGCGUCUGAGUGGCCGGACGAACUCCGAGGGGCGCCGCCAAUACAGUACUCCACCUUGAGCGGCCCUGCCUUCCUUAACACCUCCACCACAACCGUCAGCGUAGUUGCAGGAGCCACAGCACUGCUCUCCUGCGGCGUCAGAAACCUACAUAACUAUACGGUGUCCUGGGUUCGUGGACGGGACAUCAGACUGCUCACCACCGGCUCCAUCACUUACACAUCGGAUUCGCGCUUCGUGACGGUAAAUCCUUCAGGGGGACAACAAUGGGUUUUGAAGAUCCACUAUGUCAGGAAGAGCGACGCGGGCUCCUACCUGUGUCAGGUCUCUACUACACCGCCCGUCUCGCUCACCGUCAACCUUACAGUCCAGGAGGCCGUUGCUAGCGUGUUGCCUGGUCGGGAGGUGUACGUUCAGAGUGGGAGUCGGCUGGAAGUGGUGUGUCAGGUGGAUGGUUGCCCUCCGCCUGCCCUCCUGGCCUGGUCCAGGGACGGACACACCCUACUCACCCCGGAGUCCAACUCUUACGACCUGACCUCCGACAACGGUACCACCACGCCCAUCUCACGCCUCAUCCUGGCACGCCCACACGCCACCGCUUCAGACUCCGGGACCUACAGCUGUACUUCCACCUGCACCCAGCCCACCAACGUUACGGUGCACGUGUUGCGAGGGGAGGAGCUGGCCGCUAUGCAGCAUCACAACACCUCUACUCUUGGAGCUUUGCCUUGCACCGUGCUGGCCAGCCUGCUGGCGACGGUGACGGUGUUGUUGCAGUGCUACUGGUCAGGGAGUCUAGUGCGGUUGCUGCUGCCUCUCCCUCACCAACUCCCUCAGCCGCGCCCUCACCCUCUCCCUCAGCCUCGAGUAUGGAGACCUUCCACGCUUCUCUCUCAGACUCUCGCCGUUAGCUGAGAAGACAAUGGACUCUGAGAGACGGACAAGACGCAGGAGUGCUGACGUCAACUCUUU